AUGGGUCUCAGCACAGCCGCGAUCAUCGUCAUCGUCAUCGUCUGCUGUCUAGCCUUCGUCUCCAUGGGAGCAGCGCUCACCCGCAACUGGAACCCUCCCAGCGGUGACUCGCGCUACCAGCCUCGUCCGGAACAAGACCAUUACAUGCGCACGGUGCGGAUGAGGAACUAUAACCACUUGCGGCAGGCGUCGAUGUCUGCGAAGGAGAAGGAUCUGGAAUCGCAGUACACGGGAGAUUGA